AUGGCGCCUAAACCUUCUACGCCGCGCCGACCCCCUACUGGCCGAAAAAGAGGACGUCCCCCCGGCACUACCAAUGCCGCUCGUAUCGCGCGCGAGCUCGGCGCUUCCCCCGCAGCAGCUCCGUCCGGCCGAUCCUCGCGCGAGCUCGCAACGCCCUCUGCAGCUCCCCAGACUGAGCCGCCACCGAAAAGAAGACGAUACAUACCCGGUGGUGCUGGUGGAGGUGGACGCUUUAUCGAAGAUGAUGGAACCGAGACGCCCAUCACAGUGCGAAGACAACCAAGGGAGCCGCGUAGUGUAUCCGCACUUGUCCCGAGACGGGAGCGAAGCCAAAGAUUACGAACCGCUGCCGACCGCGAAGAUGUAGAGUUCAGCUCAGCUGCCGCUGUUGCUGCGGCUGUUGCCGAGAACGAGGGAUAUAAGCCCAGGGAGGAGCGAGGCUGGGAAGAGUUCCACCCUAAGCUCGAUAUCGAUGCCCCAUUCAUGGUUUUCCGUUCCGAGGAGGUUGAUGGUCUUCCUAUUCCCACUGCCAAAUCUCCACCUGAAACACCAAGUGUAGCUCGGCCCUCUACGCCCUUGAACGGCUCCCUUACACCUUUGAAGGAGAUGAACCCAGCUUCAACUGGCAAUACACCUGCUCCACAAACCAACUCAUACUUUGCGCUUGCCAACGGGACCGAGACCCCCCAGAAACGUCGAAUAAGGCCGACUCGCGAAUCUGUGUCUUUUCUUAACCGAGAUCUUGUCUCCGCAUCCACUCCGAAAGUGCCUCAAGUACUACCGAUUCGCAACCAGACCCCAAAGGAGCGUCUUGACCUAAAGGCGCCGUCUUACCGGAGAUCAGAUCAAGUCGAACAAUUCGAAAGCAAAAGCUUUGGUCAAGCGCGAUACGUCGACAAGUCGAUGAUGAACGUGGGAUACCAAGAAACGGACCGAUACGUUCGACCGGAAGGCAGACUUAUUAAGGCCACAGAAUCAAACCUGGAAGAUGAUCCGGAACAAUCACCAGCUAAACUUGAUGGUGAAGCUUUACCGACAUCUGGUACCAAUGUUGGCCGUGUUGAAUAUGACAUGGACGAACAAGAUGACCAAUGGCUCGAGGUGUAUAACAGGGAACACCGUAAGGCCCACGAUCUCGAAUUAAUAACACGCGAAGUGUUCGAAAUCGCAAUUACAAAAAUAGAGAAGGAAUGGCAUGCCCUAGAGAAGCGGAUACCGAAACCCAAUCCCAAGCCUCCGCAGACACAUCGUCCGCGCUCAAGCUCAGCUGCGGCCGUUAAUGGUGAGCCGCAGGUUGGUGAGGAGCAAGACAGUAAAUGCGCGAUUUGCGACGACGGCGACUGCGAAAAUACAAAUGCUAUCGUGUUCUGCGAUGGGUGCGACCUUGCGGUUCACCAAGAAUGUUAUGGCGUACCCUUCAUCCCUGAGGGUCAAUGGCUUUGUCGAAAGUGCCAGCUUAUUGGUCGAGGCAUUCCGACAUGCAUAUUCUGUCCCAACACGGACGGUGCAUUCAAGCAAACAAACUCUUCCAAAUGGGCGCAUUUGCUUUGCGCUAUGUGGAUUCCAGAAGUGUCUCUGGGUAACGCCACUUUCAUGGAGCCUGUAAUGGAUGUGGAAAAGGUGCCUAAGACUCGUUGGAAACUGAAUUGCUACAUCUGCAAUCAGAAGAUGGGUGCCUGCAUACAGUGCAGCAACAAAUCUUGCUACCAGGCAUUCCACGUGACCUGCGCCAGGCGGUCGCGGCUGUUCCUUAAGAUGAAAAACAGCCAUGGAGCCCUUGCAGUUCUUGAUAGCAGCAUGAUUCUCAAGGCGUUUUGCGACAAGCACUGUCCUCCCGACUACGCCAAAGAUAAUGGAGUCGCCCAGGCAGCACGGGAAGCUAAGAAGUUCUACAAGCGGGCUAUGAAGGGACGUAUAUGGGCUGACAGCCAAGCAACAGCCCACGCUUUGGCUGCCAGUCAUCGCCAUGCGCUGACGGAACAUCCACCUGACGAGAGCCAAAUGACUGGAGCUAAGUUUGCGUCAUUCGUGGGUGGAGGAGACAAGAAGAAAGGACAGCCUGGGAAGCAGAUUUGGAAGCUGCCAUCAGGAGCUCCCAUUAUACCUCAAGCGGUUUUUGACAUUGUCGAACAGGCACUGUCACGGUUCCCGUUCCGUAAGCGUAAAGACUUCGUCAGCGAGGCGUGCCGCUAUUGGACGUUGAAGCGCGAAGCUCGCCGUGGUGCGGCGCUUCUCAAGCGAUUACAAUUGCAGAUGGAGACAUUCUCAUCAAUGGAACUCACACGACGGAACUUUGCUCAGAUGGGUCCCUCUGGCAAAACUCGGCUUAAUAGGCGCAUCGAGUUUGCUGAGACAUUGCUCAAGGACCUAUGGGAGCUCAAGACACUCUCGGAGAGUGUUGUUCAGAGAGAGCAAGAGAAACUUGAAGCAGCUGAGCUCGAGCAAGAAUUCGUGGAUACUUGCUACUUUCCGAUCGCCAAACUGCUGAUGCCAGUGGUUGAAAGGGCUAUUUUCCUCGAUAAGAACAUUUUUAAAGACGGCCUCCUGAAGCUUCAGGAGAAGCUUGAGUCGCGCUUCUAUACCAACACAUUGGUCUUCACUCAUGAUCUGUGUGAAGUCAUCAACGUCGGGAUCAAUGCAGAGCCUCCUGUUCUCGAGGACGCGGCGCCCCUCUCGCCCAUCAAGCAGAAUUUCCAUGAUCCAAGACAACGAAAGGCACUUGGGAAACGGAUACUGAAGGAUGUUCAGGCGCGACUCGAAACAGCUUUAAAGACGGAAGCUGAAAUCACGCACAAGCCGUUGGAUACCUUGAUUCAAGAGCUCGAGGGCAUGCUGGAGGCUAGUAUCGAGUUCCGCCAGCCGUCUAUUGUCGUCUCCCGUAUAGAAGAGAGUACGGAACCUAGCCAAGAUACGAUCAUGGUAGAUGCUACCACUGAGCCUGAACAGGAACAUGAGCAGAUCACCGUGGCAAACGACGAGGCUGAUGAAAAGCCUAGGGAGGAAGACAUCACAGCACCUCCUGAGGAUGAUGAGAUGGAUAUUGAUGCCGAAGGUGAAGACGACGAUGAUGGCAAUAUUGAGGUCAAUACGUCGACUUUGGAGAAGCCAAGAGAUGUGCACUCAUCAAAUUCAUCCGUUGCAGGACAUGAAGGCAAUGGCAAGGCAGCCGGAAAGCCAGAGACUGGACCUGCAACCUCCCUGCCGCCAUCAGAUACACCGCCAGAAACCAACGGCUACGUCUCCAUGUCCCGGCCACCACAGCCCGCGCCACCGACACCACCACAAUCCAACGGCAGCUUAGGCAACGAGUCAUCCGAUCCGCUGUCCGAGGGCGGCGUGCCAUGGUACUUCAAAGAGUUCAAGCCCAAGGGCACCACUAUCGUGGAAGAGCAAUGGACCGGCCGUGAGGCCCUCCGCAGCCUGAGCGAAGACCUGACGGACAUGGAUGAGCAAGAGCUCGAGGGCCUCGCUUUCGAUGUUGAGGAUAGCACUAUCACUGCAUCCCCCACAGUCAGCGGCGAGAUAACGGCCGAUACCAUCGUCAGCAAGGCCAAGUCCAACAGCAAGGUGCGCAAACGCACGAGCGCCCGGGCAUCCGCUAGAAGGCGUUGA